UACGCACGGUUGCUAAAUCAAUACAUUCAUAACAUUGCAAACGUUUUGGUGGAGGAAAAGAAUAACAAAUAGUUUUACGCGAAAUAUCUAAAUUAAAUUAAAUAAAAAUGCGCUCGCGCAGCAGAAGUCGCUCACGCAGUCCGCGCAGAGAUCGACAGCAUGGCAGGUGUGAUGACCGCGCCGACAAAAGAGAAACAGCCAGACUGGAAAAAUACAGCAGACGUUCAGAGUCGGGCGGCAGAGAACAGCAAAGACGACAACGGAGAAAUGAUUAUAGUAAAUCAUCAGAAGUGUCCAGAAAGCGGCGAACUCGUUCGCGUUCAGUCAGCACAGACUCGAGCAGCAGCGGCACAUCAGAGAGUAGCGGCAGGUCCUCAAGUUCUUCACGUAGUCGCAGUCCGGCCAAGAAGAAGCAAAAGUCGGUAGAACGUUGGCCUAAUGACCGCUAUCAUGACAAUAAUGACAGGCAAAAGAAUCCGUUCAGGGGACGUGCACCGGAGGGCAGUUUCAUUAACGAUCCCGCUGAACGCACAUCAAGAUCACAUUAUCACAAUCGUGGUGGCAACCAUAGCAAAGGAGACUCGAAGGCUCUAAAUGCACGACGAGCACAACGUGUGCACAUUGGCGAGGAAGGCGUAGCCGAGGUGUGGGGCGCGAGUCCAACACGAUCCCACGAAGAUGAUGUGCAGCUCGUUAAAGGUUCUUUUGUGGGACCCAAAAAGAAAAAGGGCAAGAAGAAAAAGAAGAGCAGCAAGAAGUCUGACAAAAAGAAAACAAAAAAGACUAAGAAAAAGAAACACAAAAAUGAUUCCAGUAGCUCAGACUCCGAUUCUUCAUCAUCAUCAUCAUCAUCCUCGGCUUCCAGUAGCGAAGACAGUUCGGAGAGCGAAGAGAGCUCGGCGAGCGAGGCGGAAGAUGAUGAAGAUGUUUGGCUUGAGAAGACUGCCGAGGGGGUUAAAAAGCCAAAGAAGAAAAGCUCGAAGAAGAGCAAGGAUAAAAAGCAUAAGAAGAAAAAGAAGAAACGUAAGUCGGAGGCAUCAUCCAAGAGCAAAAAGAGUUCUUCGGGGUCAAGUAAAUCGAAGUCAAAGUCCAAAUCCAAGUCCAAUGGUGGCCAUAACGAUGAAGAUGUGGGUCCAUCGUUGCGCACGGGAGGCAGCUUGAAUCAAAAAGACUUUGGUCGCGCUCUUUUGCCCGGCGAAGGAGCUGCGAUGGCUGCUUAUAUAGCAGAAGGAAAGCGUAUCCCGCGGCGUGGUGAAAUCGGACUGACAUCAGAUGAAAUCGCAAACUUUGAGUCGGUGGGUUAUGUAAUGAGCGGCAGUCGACAUCGUCGCAUGGAAGCUGUGCGUAUUCGAAAGGAAAAUCAGCUUUACUCAGCAGAUGAGAAACGCGCUUUGGCCAUGUUCAGUAAGGAGGAGCGACAGAAACGCGAGAAUAAGAUACUGACGCAGUUUAAGGAUAUGAUUCACUCUAAACUACAAGCUAAGGAUAAAAAGUAGUACUUCAAUUGUAAAUAAUUAAAAAAAAGUAAAAUAUAUUUUUAUAUAUACAUAUAUGCCGCAAUGAAACUGAAUUCGUAUCACUUGCCGGGUAU